CCCCACUGCUCCCAGAGAACACCGGAGAUGAAGACGGUCACGCUGCUCCUUGUUGCCCUGGCUAUGGCCACAGGGCCAGCCUGGGCACUCCGCUGUCACGUGUGCACAAGCUCCACCAACUGCCGUCAACCCCAGACCUGCUCAGCCAGCGCCCGCUUCUGCAGAACCAUGACCACGGUGGAGCCUUUGACAGGGAACCUGGUGAAGAAGGACUGUGCGGAGGGGUGUGUGCCCACCAACAGCCUGCAGGGCCAGGUCAGCAGCGGCACCGGGGCCACGCUGUGCUGCCAGAGCGACCUGUGCAACGAGAGGCUCUCCAGCGCCGCGCCCGCCCGCACUGCGCUCCCCAGCACCCCCCUCAGCCUAGCACCCGCCCUCGGCCUCCUCGCCCUGGUCCUGGCCCCCAACCUGUGA